AUGUACGAGUUCCUUUUCUUUAUUAUGCUAGUAAUAUCCAGUGUGGUUGUUUAUUGUUGGUCCUAUAAUCACAUGUGGUUUAAAUUGCAUCUAUUAUUUGAUGAUACUAAUUCUGUUAAUUGGGAUUGCAUGUCCCAUUUACCGGAAAGUUGGUAUCAGAAUCCUAAAAUGUAUAUAAAAGAUACUUUUAUGCAGAAAUUUUACACAGAAUAUUCUUUAUCUUCUAAUAAAAUCUCCAAGUGUGUCAGAAUUUUAUUUUCAUUAGCGAUGACAUGUUAUCUGAUAGCAAUUGAAAUCAUACUAUUCUAUAUUAAAACUAGUGAUAAUGGAAAACAAGCAGAUUUCAUCACAGAAUUUAUCUGGCCCUUGAUUGCAUUUUUAUUAUCAUUAAUAUUAAUCUUAAUUCAACCCUUUUGUAUACUAAUAUCUAUUCUAAAUAAAUUUUUUAAUGACAAAUUAGACAUGGAUAGAUUGAUUAUGGUUACUACUGCUUUGAUUGGGGGAUUAAUUACAAUCCUAUACCUUAUUGACUUCGGCCCAUUCUCUUUUUCCAAUAAUAUUUUAACAAGAUUGUCUAUUGCUGGAUUAACGUUAAUGGCACAUCUGUCGGGAAUAGCAUGUGUCUCGACAGUGUAUUACACUUCUGUGUUUCUAUGGUACAGAUUUAUGGACAAGAAACAUUCAUCGAUAUAUCAUAAUUCUAUGUUAAAUAACUUUCAAAAACAAAACUUUCUUCUCUGGUCUUCUAAAGAAACUCUUGAACAUAGAAUUCAAGAAUAUGAGUAUAAAAGAAAACAAUUGCUUAAAAGAAUGAGUCAGGACUCUGAUUAUGUCACCUCUACUAUGAAAAAUAAAUACAUUGAUAUCCUUGGGAAAUAUCAAGUCAACUUAUCCAAAAUAAACAAUUCAUUGAAACAAUCCCGUAACGUAUUAAUCAUAAAGAGAGUAUGUGGAUCCAUGUUUAUUAUAUACUGUAUCCACAGAAUCACUUUCACUUUCUUAGUGCGACUUCCUAAAAUCUUACAUCAUUUCAUCAAUUAUCCAACUGAUUAUCAAUAUGACCGCUUUAAAAGCAAAACGGAUCCGUUAGCUGUGACUUUAGCCAAUAUUCUUGAUAUUUUAUUAUUCAAUUUCAAUUAUCAACAUGAUUUAGAAUCUUUAAAAAGCCAGAUCUCUUUAUUUUUAUCUGCUUCAUUGUUCAUUGGUUCUAUAUCUACUGUUUAUACCACAAUUUCCUUCAUUAUGGGUCUACUUCCAAUACGUUUCCAGGUAGUGGCCAUGUAUGCUAUGGCUAAUAAUGUUGAGGAGGAAGAACUUCCCUCCUUCAGUAAUGGUAAAAGUGGAUACUCAAAUAAAAAUCCAUCAAUAAUCAAAAAUUUACUUAUUUCUGAAUUAACUGGUAUCUAUGUAAUUGCCACAGUUUUAAUGAUCAGAUCAAACCUACCUUUCAAUAUAUCUCUUAGAUUAAAAAAUUUAUUAGGUGAAAAAUUCACUGUACCUAACAUUACUAUCGAUUGUUGGUUCGAUGAAAUGUUUGCAUCUGCAUGCAUAUUCACAAUUAUUGCAAUCAAACUAGCCGAAUAUUAUUUAAAAAAUAAUAAAAGUACCAUUACUAGCAUGUCACCUAAAGAUAAUCGUUUAGUCAACUAA